UUAAGUCGAUCGACGGAAGAGAGCAUAAUCCUUGCAGCAUCUAAGGCGACAUUUCCCAUUCCAACAAUGGCAACGUGUUCAUUGUUUAAAUCAGGAGGGACGGAGUUCGAUUUCGGAUAGCCAUUGUACCAUCCAACGAAAUCUUUGACGGAUAAAACCCCCGGCAAGUUUUCGCCGGGAAUAUUCAUGUAUUUAUCCACACUGGCACCAUAAGCCAAAACAACAGCAUCAUACACAGACCGCAGUUCCAUCAACUUAACGUCUUUUCCAACGACCAGAUUACCAAAAAAAUUGAAUCUGGGAUUUUUGGCAACUUUAGUAAAGGUACUAAUAACGUUCUUUACUUCCGGAUGAUCAGGGGCAACUCCAUAACGAACUAAACCAAACGGAGCCGGUAGCUUUUCGAGCAUGUCUACUUGAAUAUUUUCGUUGGCCUUGAGAAGUGAUUGUGCAACGUAG